AAUAAUAAGUCAACUCACCUUGGGGAGUUGACUCAUAUUCAAAGACCUACCGUUGGAACGUACAGUCGAGAACGUUCGUAGAACUUCUAUAGAACAUUUACAGAACAUAGAAAUGAAGAAUUUUUUCCAGUUCCUUUUGGUGGUUUUACUGUCGACACUUGGGGCGGAUUGUGGUAGACCUCCCUUGCUUGCUCCUAGUGCGAUUUUCAGAGGAGGUGCAAAUGCUCCCAGUGCAAAUUUCCAUGCGGAUUUUAGUAGGGGUGCUAGUGCGGGAAGCAAUGGCGGUCCUAGUGUCUCCGUGUCAUUCAAAGGCGGCCUAAGCCUCUCGGGCCUCAUCCAGAGCCUCUUGAAACUCCCGAUCAACAUUGGAAAAUUCACCCUGAGGACCGAAUACAAGCUACUGCUAAAAGCCCCCUUCCAGUUGGUAUCCAGAUCGGUAACCCUCCUCACCAACGUCCUGCAAGGAGCGGAAAACAUCCAGGCCAACGUGAUCUCCCAGAUCCUGGCCCUGUUCCAGGAGGUCUUCGCCCAAUUGGUCGACGUCCUGGUCAACUUGGGAGUGCUGCAAGGAAAAACCAUGGAGGAAAUCGUCAGUUCCCUAGUGGGAAUUUUCAUGAAAAUCAUCAACUUCUUCACCAGUCAAGAAAACCAAAUUAGCGCGAACAUCGUCGAUAGCAUCGAGAGAAUCAUUGGGGCCUUAAGAAUUAGGGAAAUCCUCGCUCGAGUAUCCAACGCCCCUAUAGUGAGGGAGGUCGUCACUUUACUACUCACUAUCCGUAACCAAAUCCAGACGACUUAUCAAAGUCAAAUUGACGAGCUAAAGUAUUUACUCAGGACCCAGUUCGAGCAGCACAAGGACUUCUUCCAGCCCCUCCUGGAUAGUAUUUCCAGUAGGAUUCUGAUCGUGACCAACGCCCUCCAGGCCCUUAUCAGCGGAGACCUUCCGGAUUGUCCUGGAAAGACUGAUCCGAGCUCACUGCCCACCGGAAGUUUACAGUGGCAGUUGAACAUUUGGUUGCAGCAGUUCAAGGUUAAACUGUUCAAGAUCCUUGGGUUCAGUCGGUUGGCCGCACAGUCCGAGGAAAAACUGGAUGAAAUUUCCACUCCACCCCCACCACCAGAUGGCGUUUACAUCAGCGUUUUACCGCCCGUAUUGGGUGUCUUGACGGCUGCUGCAACUUUCGAUGGAACCACUCCUCCUCCUCCUCCUCAUCUUUCUUCACCAGAACAAGACUUUGAUGCAAGUGAUACUCCACCAGCUCCUCCUGCUUUGAUAGAGCAAACUACUCCUGCCCCGACUGCUCCUUUAGGAACAACCAGUGCUACUACUCCACCAAGUUCUUCUUUGUCAGAGCAAACUACUUCUGCCCCAGCUCCUUCUUUAGAAGCAAGCAGUGCUACACCAGUUGCACCUACUUCUUCGUCAGAAGAAACGACUCCUGCCCCGACUGCUCCCUUAGAAGCAACCAGUGCUGCAGCAGAUGUAACUACUCCACCCACAUCUCCUUUGUCAGAGGAAACUACUUCUGCCCCAGCUCCUUCACCUGAAGAAACAACUGCUGCUCUAAACGGAACUACUGCUGCUGCACCACCAGAAGCUACUGCACCAGCCCAAACUACUGUGAAAACUACCCAUGCCCCGCCAGGACCAGUCACGAUUCCGUCACAAGCCCCCACCACGCCCACGCCUUAAUUGUUAUAUUUUUUUUUGUAAAUAUCCAUGAAUAAAUUCAAAUUUGCCGCCAAA